AUGUCUAGCGAAAGCUUCAAAGCCACAGUAAACUCUUUACCCCCAAACGAAGAAACAUUUGUUCUGAUUCUUAACUCACAUGCUUUAAAUAUGACGCUAAACUGGUUAUGCAAUACUGAAGGAUUAAAAGGUGUUCACAAUAAAUCCCUGGUAGUUACUUUGGACAAGAAGGCAGCCAACACCCUCAGAGAGUUAUGGCCUAAUGUUCGACAGUUUAACUGGCUUCUGCCGGCUCUAGAGGAUACUUUCUGGGCGGAAAGUUUGUCUAAUGUAAAUGUAGAAACAAGACAGGAAGACAUUGUUUUCGACAGAGCAUCCGAAGUUGGAGAUUUGAUAGCAGGUCAAUCUUUCCAUUUAUCAGAUUUUUUUUAGGA